UUAUCUCAGGUUAUAAUAACCGCUCUUAUAGCGGUGUGCAGUGGUGACAAACUCGACCGCACCUACCUUCCACCACCGUCAGCAAAAACUGCCGGCGGCAGCUUUGAAUCUCUCCAGACUCCCUUGGAAAACUCCUUCAAUCAAGGUCUCGGCGGUCUCCCUAAGGGGAGCUUCACUAACGAUUUCCAAGGUGUAGUCGUUGAUGCUGCAAGCCCAGGAACCAGGACGUCAGAAGCCGAAACUGGUCUUGGAGCACCGAGGAUAGCAUACGGCUCGACCAAUUCCAAAGUUGGAGAGGCUGCAUUCAGUUCACCGGCGGGAUUCCGUCAAUUUGGCAAUUCUGGAUUGCCUGCUGAUGGUCAGACCGCCGAUACGAAUGUGUCUCCCCAAGGAUUCAAUCAGGGUCUUCGAGGAUCUCAAGGCUUUGAGAAUAAACCGGAGAGGGCCCAAGCUGCACGCGACCGAACAGCUGGUAUCUUGAGAUACGAGAGUAACAUUGGCACAGAUAACUAUAACUAUGCAUUUGAAACGGAUAAUGGAAUUUCUGCCGAAGAAAGUGGAGUAGCCACUAAUGGUGUGCAAGCUCACGGAGGGUAUUCCUAUACUGGUGAUGAUGGUCACGUAUACAGUGUGACUUACACCGCUGAUGAAGGUGGCUACCAGCCGAGGGGUGAUCAUCUGCCUACACCACCACCGAUCCCUGAAGAGAUACUUAGGUCUUUGGAGCAGAAUGCUAGAGACGAGGCGGCUGGGCUGGUCGACGAUGGCUCGUACGAUGCUCAGAAAUACAAUGCAGAAGGCGAUUACACAGACGCAGUUAAUGGAGUACACAAUGGUAGACAACCGUCUCGGUCCGGGAAUCGACCUGAAUUGGAUGCAACCGCAAGUGGCACGUUCAUUAAUCAGAACAAUCAGCCUUUUGGCAGACCGACUUCUAAUAAUUUACCAGGACGAGAUAAUCAGGCCUCACUUAAUGUACCAACCAACAACCAACAACAAACAUCUACGUUUACUUCUAAUAGAGUGAAUGGUUUUAGCCAGAAUAUACAAUCAAAUCAAGCAAACAAACCUGGAUCUGAGAAUGAACUUAUAAACUCAUUUGAGCAAAAUCCUAGCUCUCUUCAGAAUGAAAAAAAUCAAGGGUCUAAUACUUUUGGAUUAAAUAAACAAACUACGCUUCCUGCUCAAGGCAGUAUUACAAAUACACAUUCUACUGGAACCUUACAUAAUACUGAUUUAUCACAAGGCAGUGAUCAAGAAACUGAGUCAUUUUCAAGGCCAAGUAUAAAUACGCCAGGAUUUAAUACACCAAUUUCUUCUAAUGGAAGACCAACUACGGGCAAUGUUUUUGGACAGGUCGCAAAUAAUAUUAACACUCAGUUGAGCAAUGGCAAUAAAUUUAGUUCCAAUAAGGAAUAUUUACCACCAUCUAAUUUCAACAAAAAUGAGGGACUUUCUCAAUCUAUAUACCAACAGUCUCCACUAAAUAACGGGCGUCCCCAAAUUUCGACUACUUCUUCAACAGCUUUUGUUUCUGGAGUUCAAGGUAAUACGGGUGAUUCUUCAGGAUUUGAGUCUACCCAAAACAAUUUCCAGCUUUCAAACAGUGGAAAGCCUAAUAAAUUUUCAUUGGCUUCAAACUUACAGCAAUCUCAAGCAGACCUUAUUUCCAGGCCUACAUUUAAUAGAAUUCCAAGUACACAUAAAUUGACGCAAAAUACUGGACAUGUGUCCGAACAGUCACAUCAACCAACUUCUCAACCUCAAACAGAAUUAACUACUCCCUUUGAAUCUAGACCAGCUGCACAGGCUAAUAAUGGUGCUCAGCAGACACUGAACUUUAAUACUUAUAAUUCCCAAUCUUCUAAUGGUCGACCAAUACAGUCACAGGUUGAAAAUCUAUCAAACAAAAAUGUGGCAUCUCAAAUUUCUGAACCAUCUCCCACUCUUUCGUCUGCCUCUGCUUUUGCGUCAACUUCUACUCCCCAACGCCCAAACCUAAACUCUAGACCUUUUGACAAUGUAAAUAUUGGUCAGCCAUCAUAUUUCACGAACCAGAAACCUCAAAGUCAAGAAUAUAGCCCUAAUCAACAAAAUAGUUUUACAGAAAAUCAAGCAACUGACGUGCAGUUUUCAUCCAGCACACAAAGACCUGCUUUUAGUCAAACCACAGUCCAAGCUCAGGGUCCUGAUAGUUCAUAUUACUAUAAUCAACCGUCGAAAACUUUUAACACACCAUUUUCACAAAAUGAAGGUUCUAGGUUCCAAAGUUCUAAUCAAUUUAAUAGACCAACACAAAGGCCAAUUUUUUCUCAAAGUAAUUCUCAGAAUAUUAACACUCCCCAGCAAAAUUUUGGAAUUAAUUCUUUCCAAAGACAACAAGAAUAUAACCAAGGAUCGAUCAGGUAUCCUAGUCCACCAACUUUAGCUCCUAUUGCACCUACAUCUUCAUCACGAGGUAAUACUUUUCCAUCGUUCAAUGGUAUAACUCAGGCAUCUGCAUCAGCAUUCCCCUCGAGAGCACCUACUGCCUCUUCUCAAUUUGACAGACAAACUACCCUGUCUACUUUUAGUCAGACACCAACUCAACAACCAUUUAGUCAAUUCAGUAAUAUGCCAAAUAUUCCUGGUCAACAAUUUUUUGCCAAACCUACAACUGUUCCUCAAGUUUCUAAUAAUCAAUUUGGACAGCAGUCUACCUCUUUCCAGAAUCAACAGUCUCCCUUUGUUCAGAAGCCAUCAGCAAAUUUAAAUCGCCCUGAAGUUUCUAAAGGAGAUUCCUCUCAAUCAGUAUCAAGUCAACAAUAUGAUGGUGAAAUCUAUGAAUACAGGAAACCUGCACAAACUUUACCAGCCUCUGCAAAUACGGAGACUUCUGAGUCUGAACAAACAAAUCAAAGACCUGGACAAUCAUUAUCAAAUCAACAAUUCGGAUCUCAUGUUGGUCAGCCACAAAACUCUAAAGAUUUCUCGAGUUCUCAAUCAAAUCAAGAAAUAUCUCAAUUCGGCGUACAACCUUCCCGACCGCAAUUCGGUCAAAAUAUACAACACAACCAGUUUAAUAAUCAAAUACAAACCUCGAGACCUCAAUUUGGAAAUCAACCUUUAAGACCUUCUAACAAUGUAAGACCUACACAGGGGGUACAAUUUGCUCAAAGUACAGAUGCUCCCAAAAUCCAAUCGAACCCAGAUCAAAGUACUUCAAACCGGUUUAGUACACCAAACACUCAAGAUUCGAGUCCUCAGUUUGGUCUUGGUCAAACGCCAAGGCCCAUUGGAAAUAUUGCUCAAGGUUUUAAUACCCAACAAUCUUCUGAACAGCAAUUUGGUAAGCCCUGCUGUAAGUCUACAAGUAGCACAAAUGUUCAACCUACCCAAAGUUCUCAGUUCAGUUCCACGCAAGGAUUCGGAUCUCAGGAUUCCGGUUUCACUUCUCAAAGCUUCCAACCUGGUCAGGGCUCGACUCAAAGCUUUGCGGGUAAAGGAGAAGUCUUCGGUGGACCCAGGCAACCUCCAAGCUUUGACCAAGAAACAGGAUACCAUUACUGAGUGUGAAGUGCCAUUGAUAUAAACUUUUAUGGACAGUUUUAUGACAAAGUGGUAAUAUAAAUAUUGCUCAUAUGAAAACUUGUAAAUUUAUAAGUAUAUCGAUGUAGAAUGUUUAAAUAAUAUGUUUCGUUAUCUUAUCGAUUUGAUAAUAUACUCAUCUCCCACUAGUCGAAUGACAGGGGUUCGAGUCUUGCCAGAGAUAAAUAGGGGAUAAGUCUUAAAGGAAACCAAACCAACCAAGCCGAAUGCCAGGUACAAUACACAUACAUCUGAAUUCUUUUCAACGAGAAAAUGGAAAUCUGAAAAUAAAUUUAGAACUUACCAUACUAAGGGUGUAAAUUAAGUAAAAUUUAGUAAAUAACGUAACAGACCAGGAAUUAUCUCAAAUUAAAAAUAAUAAAUAUAUUUAUUAUGCCAACAAUGGGCCAUUUGUACAUCAUAUGUUUUUCUAAUCCAAAGUUAGAACAUCAUAGUAGAAUAAAGGUAAAUAGUUAAACCUCUAUCUAAUAAGUACACCAACGGACUGUUCUGUUAUAUGUUCAUACUGCUUCAGAAUGUAAUAAUAAUAUUUAUCAUUUGUUUAAGACAAAGUAAUGGUUCAUAUAACAUUAGUACCAAUAUAUUGACCGCGAAAUUUGAAAGGUUUAAAGAAUAUUUUAAACUUUACACUUUACUUUUUUUGAGAGAGAUUUUCAUAAAUAAUUUGUUAAUUCAUAAUUCACACAGCACCAUCUAGUCCACAAGCUA